UCCACGUGUUAUCUCCUUCCUUCCCUCUCUCUCCCCCCAAGGCUUAAACCCCAAAAACUCCAUUACCGUUUCAACACUCAGAGCUUCACUCCACUCACAUGUGAAGAUAGAAAAUGACGAAAUUGGCCCUAUCCUACCACCACACCCUCUUCCACAUCCUCACCCCAACCUCCACCACCCACUCCCACCUCCCCUUCCACUCCGAAUUCCUCCACCGCCGCCGCCACCACCUCCCAAUCCUCCGCCGCAGCCUCUCCGUAGUCGCGAAGGCCAAGACGAAGGAGCUAAUCCUCGGAAACCCCAGCGUCACCGUCGAGAAGGGCAAGUACAGCUACGACGUCGAAACCCUAAUCAACAAGCUCUCCAGCCUCCCGCCGCGCGGCAGCAUCGCACGGUGCCUCGACGCCUUCAAGAACAAGCUCUCCCUCUCCGAUUUCUCCCUCGUAUUCAAGGAAUUCGCCCUCCGCGGCGACUGGCAGCGCUCCCUCCGCCUCUUCAAGUACAUGCAGCGCCAGAUUUGGUGCAAGCCCAACGAGCACAUCUACUCCCUCAUCAUCGGCAUCCUCGGCCGCGAGGGCCUUCUCGAUAAGUCCGCCGAGAUCUUCGACGAAAUGGCCGCGCACUCCGUCGCGAGGACCGUGCUCUCCUACACCGCGAUUAUCAACGCCUACGGUCGGAACGGCCAGUACGAGGUUGCGAUGGAGCUGCUGGAGCGGAUGAAGGUAGAUAGAAUUUUGCCGAAUAUCUUAACUUACAAUACAGUUAUUAAUGCUUGUGCGAGGGGAGGGUAUUCUUGGGAGGGUUUGUUGAGUUUGUUUGGGGAAAUGCGACACGAGGGCGUUCAGCCGGAUUUGGUUACGUACAAUACAUUGUUGAGCGCUUGCUCGAAUAGGGGUUUGGGGGAUGAGGCGGAGAUGGUGUUUAGGACGAUGAACGAGAGUGGGGUUUUGCCUGAUAUUACUACGUAUAGUUAUUUAGUCGAUACGUUUGGGAAAUUGGAGAAGUUGGAGAAGGUUUCCGAGCUACUAGGUGAGAUGGAGGCAGAGGGUAAUUUGCCCGAGAUAAUGAGUUACAACGUGUUAUUGGAUGCGUAUGCUCAUUCGGGGAAGAUAAAGGAGUCUAUGGUGGUUUUCAGACAAAUGCAGGGUGCGGGGUGCAUUCCGAAUGCCGGGACUUACAGUAUUCUGCUAAGCUUGUUCGGCAAAAACGGGAGAUACGAUGAAGUGAGGGAGCUCUUUCUUGAAAUGAAAGUGAGCAACACGGAGCCGGAUGCGGAUACGUACAAUAUACUUAUCGAGGUUUUCGGUGAAGGAGGCUAUUUUAAGGAGGUGGUGACGUUGUUCCACGAUAUGGUGGAGGAGAACGUGGAGCCGAAUAUGGAGACUUACGAGGGGUUGAUUUACUCUUGCGGGAAAGGCGGGCUCCACGAAGAUGCAAAGAGGAUUUUGCUUCAUAUGAGUGAGAAAGGUUUGGUGCCGAGCUGCAAAGCGUACACGGGCGUGAUCGAAUCGUAUGGUCAGGCGGCUCUGUACGAAGAGGCUCUUGUUGCCUUCAACACGAUGAACGAAGUGGGAAGUAUGCCGACGAUCGAGACGUAUAAUUCUCUGAUUCAUAGCUUUGCAAAAGGUGGGCUUUACAAGGAGAGUGAAGCUAUUCUGUCGAGGAUGAGUGAGUUGGGCGUUCCACGGAAUCGGGAUUCGUUGAAUGGUGUCAUCGAAGCGUAUAGGCAGGGUGGGCAAUUCGAGGAGGCGAUAAAGGCUUAUGUCAACAUGGAGAAGGUGAGGUGUGACCCCGAUGAAUAUACUCUCGAGGCGGUUUUGAGUGUGUAUUGCUUUGUCGGACUUGUCGAUGAGAGCGAGGAGCAGUUUCGACAGAUUAAGGAGUUGGGUAUACAACCGAGUGUCAUGUGCUAUUGUAUGAUGCUGGCGGUGUAUGCAAAAGCUGACAGGUGGGACAUGGCCAACGAAUUACUAAACGAGAUGCACACAAACAGGACAUCCAAUAUUCACCAAGUCAUAGGGCAGAUGAUUAAAGGAGAUUUCGACGAUGCCGGUAAUUGGCAAAUGGUAGAGUACGUAUUCGACAAACUCAACUCCGAGGGUUGUGGUUUGGGAAUCAGGUUCUACAACACAAUUCUAGAAGCACUUUGGUGUUUAGGCCAGAAAAAAAGAGCUGCAAAAGUGCUUUCCGAAGCAACUAAGAGAGGCCUAUAUCCAGAACUAUAUCGUAAGAACAAACUCAUAUGGUCCGUAGAUGUUCAUAGAAUGUGGCCUGGGGGUGCGUGCACCGCAACAUCAGUGUGGCUGAACGAUAUGCAAGAGCUCUUAAUUAACGGAGGGGAGCUUCCUCAACUAGCAACUGCCGUUGUGGUAAGAGGGCAAAUGGAAAGGAGCUCGAUAACACGUGAUUUUCCGGUUUCGAAAGCCGUCUAUUCUUUGCUGAAAGAUGUGUCGUCGUCAUUCUGUUUCCCCGGUUGGAAUAAGGGGCGAAUAAUCUGUCACAAGUCUCAACUGAAACGGAUAUUUUCGAAAGACGCCGAAAUCGAAAACAUAGUCGGUUUGAGUAAUUCUCCGUUUCCGUUUUCCGGGACAAAAACGCCCUCGAGGGAAGUGAAGCAAAACAGCAGUUCUGAUGCGAAGGAGAAAAGUUUUAGGGCGAAUACGGAACUCAUGACGAGCGGGGUAUGAAAUAUCGAGAACAGAAUCUUUUUGCUCGUUGGAUCUCAAGACACAAACUCUAUGUUAUCGGAGAUAGAUACGGAAGAAUGUGUCUCUACAUGCUCGAGACUUAUAUAAUGCUGAUGCAGCAGACAUUUGAUAUAGGACAGGUUUUGUGCUCCUUGCUUCCCACUUAUGUUGUCUAGUUUAGUAGUGGCAGGAAAAAAAAGAGAAAAAACACUUAAAAGACAAGCACGUGAGAAACACGUGCAUACAUGCAUGUAUGUAUCUUAACCGAUAUUUUGUGUAAGUUAUGGAACUAGCUUAGAUCGAACAAUAAUGAAAUGGAAUGUGACGAAUGAAUGAUUGUUUCA